AUGCAUCAACAGGGAUCACAAAAAGUUAUUCGAUCAGGCCGUGGAUACCAUUGGCACGAUGAGGUUCGAGCGGUAGAAGCAGUUCGUGCAAGGCGAGGUUGCAAGCAGGUUCGAACCUGUUUCGAGGUUGCAUUGAAGAUGCCCAAGGAGUCCGAGAAAAAAGUGCCCAAGAUGUCCCUGUCGGGAUUUCAGCGCGAUGAUGAAGUAGUCGAGAAGGUAAACUGA